AUGACCUCCCACCACGAAGAAAUGGACGAAGACGAAGAGCAACAGUUCAUCAGUCAAGAGGACGUGCUUGCUGAAGUACCUGAUGACGAUGAUGACCACCCAAUGGACGACGAUGAAGAAGACGACCAAGUUGGAGACUUGCCUGGCCCUUCAGGAUCCAGCGAGGACAACUCACUUCAGGCUUUUGCUGCCCAUGCCUCCUCUGUUUUUGCUGUCGCUGGCCACCCCACCGAACCGCUCGCUGCAUCAGGCGGCGAAGACGAUCUGGGCUACAUUUGGGACAUCACCGAUGGCGAAAUUAUCGUAAAAUUAUCUGGCCACAGCGACAGUGUCACCAGUGUCGCCUGGAGUGCGGAUGGAGAAAUGAUUGCGACUGGUGGAAUGGAUGGUAAAAUCAGGGUAUGGCGGCGGGUCGGGAAAGAAAAUUAUCGGACCUGGGAGUUCCUGACUCAGCUUGAGGGCCCCGAUGAAGUUAUGUUUUUGCGAUGGCACCCGAAAGGGAGCGUUUUACUAGCAGGAUCAAAUGAUACGACGCUGUGGCUUUGGCAAUUACCUUCGGGUAACACUAUGCAGGUUUUUGCGGGCCACACGGGAGCCGUCCAAUGUGGUGAAUUCACGCCCGAUGGCAAACGCAUCGUCUCCGCCUGUGCAGACGGUAGUCUGAUAUUUUGGGACCCACGAUCCCCCAGUCCCCUCUUCAAGUUGACACCGGACGACGCGCGCUUUGAUCUUGAUGGAAUCACAUCGCUAGGCGUAAAUCAUUCCUCGUCAUUGGCUGUUGUUGGUGGUGCAGCAGGAGGCGUAAGGGUCAUUAGUCUCAAUAAAGGCGAAAUCGUUGCAACUCUCGGUGGACAUACAGAAGGCGAAAGCAUCGAGGCUAUCGCCUUUGUUGACCUCACUGGCAACACAACAGGAGCGGGUGUUGUUGUGACCGGCGCAACUGAUGGUAAAGCUUGUGUCUGGGACCUUACAACGAUGAAACUACGCGCAACAUUAGAACAUGAUGACGCGGUCACGACGUUGCUUGCUCAUCCGUCGCCGAAAGGUUACCUGCUCGUCUCUGCUUCUGCUGAUAAGAUGCUGCGGACUUGGGAUGCGAGAACUGGCAAUUUAGUGCGUAAACAUUUGGGUCACCAAGGAGCUGUACUAGGCGCUUCAUUUGGCCUACAAGGGUCUGUCGUUCUGAGUGCUGGGGACGAUGGCGCCUGUCUAGUAUUUACGACGGAGGAGGCUGAAGAACCAUAA